AUGUGGUAUCCCAUUUUAUAUCCUUCUUCAUUAACCAAUUCACUCUCCUUAUCAGCUUCUUUUUUUCAAACAGGACAAUCAGGAGGAAGUGAUUUAUUUAACUCUGCUACUCUGAACCAUGACAGCUUAGCUGAUGCUGGGAAUAGCCACCAGCAAGAAAUCAGACUUACCCAACCAGAGGUCGAACGAGUCUUUGAUCGUCAGCAUUCAACAACUGAGUAUCUGCCUGGAAUGGUCAACACAGAUUCACCAUCAGGUUUACUGCCGAAAUUUUCUUCUUGGAGUUUAUGUAUGAUUGGUAAAACGGCUUCAUACAAUCACACCCAAGGUUUGGAACUUCCUGGUUUUUUCCAUGGGAGCAAUUUUUUAUUGCCCUGGGACAUCACAGUUCGGAUGGAGAGAGACAAGUGGCCAGGACUUGGGGAGGCUAAUAAAAAGGGCAAGCAAAAGCGAGUACCCAAAGGUCAGUUAUUCCACACUGUUUCUCUCUCUGCACAUCAGGACGUAAGAGAACAAGGCGAGGUGCUAGUACGAGUGUAUAUUGGUAUUGAGUAUGAAUGCCCUCGUGCCCAUCGUUUCUUCUGCAGUGGACCUGAUAAAAUAAUUAAGGUUUCUAGCAGCAGCAGUGUCAAGGACACAGCACACAAACUGCUUACCUGUGACAUGCCUCUCUAUUCAGCCUGUCCAUGUCGGAAUCCAAAAGGACAUGUGGCUCAGUUAAUGCGUGUGUAUGUUGCUACCCCUGAAGGGCCAGUGUGUGUAACCCUGAAACCAAUGGUACAGCCAGGACCUCCACCACACUGUCCACUCUUUCAUCCUACCAUGGAUGAUUACUUCCGACUACCCCCUGGAGGCAUCUGGGUUCUGCGCUUUCCUCAUAUUUAUGUUGGCAAUGGUCAGGUUUAUUCAAAGCCCACUGAUAUGUCACAACCAACCAUGUGCCGAUUAAUGAAGGGAAUUUUUGGCUACCAACACGUGGAUACUUGA